AUGGCGGACUUACCAGCACACAUCUCAGGCUCAAAACCCUUCGAAUCCCCUCUUCUAGACCAUGAUAUCUCAAGCUCACCAUCCCUAACAAUCUACCCCACACUCCGUUCAAUCAAAAAAUCACCUCGCCGUACAUCAUCUCCACCAGCACCAACAAUCUACCUUACAGGCUACCGCUGCCACGUUAGCGACCCAGAAUACAGAUACGCGCGAGAGAGAACGGGGGACAUUCAACCAUACUGGUUCGAAGAAGCGUACGGUGCUGCGGACUUCAAAGAGGGAGUGAGAAGGAGGGCGAAGAAUGAUAUGGCACCCCAUGAGGACGAAGUCGCGGUUAUAGACCUUGAUGAUGAUGGGAAGGAGAUGGAUAGAGUAGCUGCUAGAGACCAGAGGGAGAAGGCCAGGGAGAGGGCAUUGAUGAGGGAGGAGGGUGAGUGGAGGCUUGGGGGGGAAGUAGAUAUGAGCGAAGAAAUCAGAGGUAACAGCUUGGAAAACAGGAGAAUGAUCCGUGAGGAACAGUGGAAGCAGCUGGAGGUAGAGAGGGAGAGUUUGCAAGAAGAGAGGAAGAAGCUCAAUGUCAAUGAGACGGAAGAGAAGCAACAGAAAAAGGAAGAGCAGCAUGCUUCACGCGUACCUAUUCGGAACCGCGCACUUAGCCUGCUGGAUUUCCAGAAGAAGAUGAAGCUGAAAGGCAAGUCGAAGGUUGAAGUCGCCGAGCCGCAAAACGUAAAGGCCGAUUCCCAACACACGUCAGGCUCAACCAGCUCCAAGGAUGAUAUCCCUGUUCUCGCCGAGCCCCAACCCUCAGUCGCUGGCGAAGGAUUCUCCAGACUGCCUCUACCACCACCACUUCACGCUCCCCCUCCUCCGCCCCUAACAGUCCGCAACCCAGAUCUUCCACAAAUGGUCACGCAACAAUCCUCUACACCAACGCGCGGCCGAGCUCCCACACCUCCAUCACUGAAGAGCUCUACGACCACAGAAACUGAUAUCGGAGACCAGGGUGGAAGCAAGGCACUUUUUUUGCGACGGAGUUGUUCUUCUGCAACUAGAGUUCAGGCUGAUAUCCGAGUUGUGCCUGUGCCUGAGGAUAGUGUAAGCAUCCCUGUACUAGCUUGA